AUGGACCAAGACAUUGGAAACAAAAGCCCGGCGAGGAGAAAUACUGCCGCAUCAAAAUCACCUUCGGAGACGGCAGCAUCAUUUCGGCCCAUCGAACUACCCAUCCCAUCCCAUAGGCAUCCAAUCCCUCAUUCAGUAGCUUCUCCAGUGCAGCUCGUCCGCCUCAUCCUCACCAGGCCGCCACAACCCGCCGACCAAGUUGUCGCCAUUGCGCGGAAACCCUCCUUCACCUUUACACUACGCCCACCACUUACGGCAUUGCGCCCGCUGAACCACUCACCCCACUUCACUCCAACACCACACCCGCCCCGAAGCUCAGAACGCACAGCCAACCCGCAACACUACUUCAAGCCAUUGCGCGCGCAAGAAGACUACGCUCACGCUCACCUCGCAGCUUACCGCCCACAGCCCGCAAUUCAUAGCCCACACGUAAUCAUCAACGCCUCUCCGACAACCACGUCGUCGACCAGAUUCACCACGUCCGCAAGUCAUUGUCAAGACCUCUCCAGCACGAUGCUGCACUCGAACAACCAGCUGGAGAUCGCAAAGUUCCGCCCUCGCUCUGACAACGCUGGCCCGCAGUACCUCGUUUGGUACUACAUCGACAAGCCCACGUACGCGUACCGCCCGUCGCAUGUUCCGUACUGGGUGCCCGCUUCAAGAGUGCGCAUUGACCUGAUCUAUCGAUGGACCGAACUGCAAAAGGCUCGUCGCGUUGUUAAAGCUUACGACAGGGCUGUGAGGCGCGCGCAGGAUGCGGCUCGAGCUCGAGUUCUGCGCGCACCGCUGUGUGCUAUUCGGCGCUUUGCGCAACCUGCUCGGGAUUCCACCGCCGGGACAAGGCACGCGGAGUUGAGGCGGAGGGUUGUUCGUGGUGCAAUUGAGCUUUGA